UCCCCCCCCCUUUCUGCUGCCCCUCCCCACUAGGAAAGCCGUAAUUAUUGGGGGGGGGUCUUCGACUCGGGACCCCCCCCAUAAACGCUUCCGUAUCAGGGAUGACCACCCUGAGCCCCAUAGGGAGGACAAAGGGGUACGGAUAUGGGGUGUACGGUAACCGAUAUGUGGGGCCUGAAGGACGGGCUGGGUUGGGGGUCGACCUCAAUGGGGUGGGGGGGGGUUUAGGACCCCCUCGCCCCCCACCUUGGUCAUCCGGACCCCCAGGCCGGGCAAGGAGAGCCAAUGGGUGCUCCUGGGGGGGGUAUGGGGGUCCUAUGGGGGCUACGGUGUCACUUAUGGGGUCACGCGGAGUCGUGGUGUUGGCCCACACUGGGGUGGCUACUGGGGUGGUUGUUGUGUCACCCGGAGCCGUCAAUGGGGCAGCUAUGGGGCAGGGGGGGACAGCGGGAAUGGGGGCAGGGGGGGUGCCAGGUCCUGGUUGGACAGUGUGAAUGGGGUUAAUGGUGGUGCCAGGUCCUGGUUGUACACCGUCACCAUGAAUGGGGUUCAUGGUGUUGCCAGGUCCUGGUUGGACAUUGUGACAUGGGGUGACGGUGUUGCCAGGUCCUGGUUGGACACCGUCACCAUGAAUGGGGUUAAUGGUGUUGCCAGGUCCUGGUUGUACACCGUGACUGGGGGUGGUGGUGUCACCGUGACCCGGCAUGGCUUUGUCACCGGUACCGGGUGUUGUUUUGUCACCAGGACCCGGUGUGAUGGUGUCAAUGGGACCCAAUGGCACUUUGUCACCGUGACCUGGUGUCAUUUUGUCACCGUGACCUGGUGUGAUGGUGUCACUGUGAUCAGGUCUGAUGGUGUCAAUGUGACCCGGUGUUGGUCUGUCACCGUGACCAGGUAUGACGGUGUCACCAUGACCCAGUGUUGGUUUGUCACCAUCACCUAAUGCCACUUCGUCACCAUGACCUGUUAUCACUUUGUCCCCAUACCCCGGUGUGACGGUGUCACCAUGACCCGCUGUUGUUCUGUCCCCAUACCCCGGUGUGACGGUGUCACCAUGACCUGUUAUCACUUUGUCACCAUGACCCGAUGUGAUGGUGUCACCAUGACCUGGUAUCACUUUGUCACCAGGACCUGGUAUCACUUUGUCACCAGGACCUGGUGUUGUUCUGUCACCGUGACCCAAUGCCCCUUUGUCACCGUGACCCGAUGUGAUGGUGUCACCAUGACCAGGUCUGAUGGUGUCACCAUGACCUGGUGUCACUUUGUCACCAGGACCCGGUGUCAUUUUGUCACCGUGACCCAAUGCCGCCCUGUCACCAUGACCUGGUAUCACUUUGUCACCAGGACCCGGUGUGACGGUGUCACCAUGACCUGGUAUCACUUUGUCACCAGGACCCGGUGUUGCUCUGUCACCAUGACCAGGUCUGACGGUGUCACCACAACCCAAUUGCACUUUGUCACCAUGACCCGGUGUGACGGUGUCACCAGGACCCAGUGUCACUCUGUCACCACAACCCAAUUGCACUUUGUCACCGUGACCGAGUGUGACGGUGUCACCAUGACCUGGUGUGACGGUGUCACCAUGACCUGGCAUCACUUUGUCACCACGACCCGGUGUUAGUCUGUCACCACAACCAGCUGUGACGGUGUCACCAC